UCUUUUAUACUUAUUUAUGCAAAAAUAUGACAACAGAAGAAGGAAAUCGUAACUUAACAUUACAAUCAUUAGAAGAAAAUGGUGUAACUAGUACAUCACAACAUGCAGGAAAUAGUAGAGAACCAAAUACUGCCAGAUCUCAGGAACAAAGUAGCCGACAAAAUAAUCUGCAAAGAAUACAACAAAGAAAGCAACAAAUGUUAAAUUUACCACAAAUGAAAAAAAUAUUAAAAAUUGCAACAUAUAGUGUAUGUAAAGUUGAUGAUUGCAAGUGUAUUGGAUGGAAGAAUUCUCAAAUAAUAACUAAAUCUAAAAAUGAUUCACAACAACCUGUUAUAAAUUUUUUUGAUCCUUGUAAAAGUUGUAAACAUGUUUUAGAAAAUCACGUUUCACAUUUAACUAAUCAAUCAGAAGAAGAAAUCAAUAAAUUAUUAUGUAUGGUCAUAGAUGCUGAUAAUAUUUUUCUAGGAUUACAAAAAGAAGAAGAUCCUGAUACAAAAAAGGUUUAUUUCUAUUUAUAUAAACUUUUGAGAAAAUGUAUACAAUCUAUGACUAAACCUGUAAUAGAAGGUCCUUUAGGACAACCACCUUUUGAACGACCUAGUAUUGCAAAAGCAGUAAUGAAUUUUGUUGCUUACAAAUAUGGUCAUUUACCACAAAGAGAUAUGCAAGCUAUGUGUGAUAUGGCAAAGAUGUUUUUACAUUGCUUAAAUCAUUGGAACUUUGAUCCUCUUAGUGCUAGGAGAGGUACAAUCAGUGCAGAGGAAGCUCCUGCAUAUAAAAUCAAUCAUACUCGUUGGCUUGUGUUCUGUCAUAUACCGGCAUUUUGUGACUCAUUACCUCAUUAUGAUACAUCUCUAGUUUUUGGACGAACAUUUGUUCAGGCUGUUUUUAAGCCUGUUUCUAGACAAUUAUUAGAUAAAUGUCAUAGUGAGCGAGAUAAAUUGGCACCAGAAAAAAGAGUAAUAGUAUUAACACAUUUUCCUAAAUUCUUAUCAAUGUUAGAAACAGAAAUUUAUUCUGAUAAUUCACCAAUUUGGGAUCCUGAUUAUAAACAAAUACCUCCUACUUAUUUACAAUCUGCUUUGGAAUCAAAAGCAAAUCAAACAAGAAGAACAGGUGAAUUUGAAAAAGUCACUGUUCCACCAAAUGAUAAAGAUAAUUAUACAACAAUUAAUAUAAGUCCUGGUAUAAAAAAGAUUCACGAAAAAAGAUCACAUUCUGAAGGUCGUUCAGAUGUAAAAAGAAGAAAAAAUGAAGAAAUUUUUGAAGAUUUAUCAGAAGAAACAGUUGCUGAAAUUGUUGCAACCAUUAAUGAUCCUAAUUAUAUGUGUGGACCUGAUGCAGUAUUUCCACCAAAUCCUCCACGAGAUGAAACUGCUAAAAUUGAAGAAAGCAGAAAGAUUAUAGAAUUUCAUGUAGUUGGAAACAGUUUAACACAACCAGUUUCUAAGCAAUCAAUGCUUUUGUUAAUUGGAUUACAUAAUGUAUUUAGCCAUCAAUUACCUAAAAUGCCAAAAGAAUAUAUAUCUCAAUUAGUUUUUGACCCAAAGCAUAAAACAUUAGUCCUAAUAAAAGAUGGUCGACCAAUUGGUGGUAUCUGUUUUCGAAUGUUUCCCACUCAAGGUUUUACAGAAAUAGUAUUUUGUGCUCUUACCAGUGAAGAACAAGUUAAAGGCUAUGGUACACACUUAAUGAACAUGCUUAAAGAUUAUCAUACAAAAAAUAAUAUAUUACAUUUUCUUACAUUUGCGGAUGAAUUUGCAAUUGGAUAUUUCAAAAAACAAGGAUUUAGUAAAGAUAUAAAAUUAUCUCGAUCGAUAUAUCAAGGAUAUAUUAAGGAUUAUGAGGGUGCAACAUUAAUGCAUUGUGAAUUAAAUGCAAAAAUUAUAUAUACUGAAUUCACGACUGUUAUACGAAAACAAAAAGAAAUUAUUAAAAAGCUAAUUCAUCAAAGACAACAGGAAAUACAAAAAGUCCAUCCUGGUUUAACAUGUUUCAAAGAAGGUGUUAGAGGAAUUCCAGUAGAGUCUAUUCCUGGUAUUUGUGAAACUGGUUGGAAAAAUUAUGCUCAGACAAGAACAAGAGGAGUGGCUAAAGGAACUCAAGGACCAGAACCAAUGGAAGCAUGCUUAGAUAUCACAGAUUCUUUAUAUAAUGCAUUAAAAAAUGUUUUAAAUAGUGUAAAAAACCACAGUACAGCAUGGCCAUUUUUAAAGCCUGUGGAUAAAAAUGAUGUGCCAGAUUAUUAUGAUCAUAUUAUAUAUCCAAUGGAUCUCAAAACUAUGACUGAACGAUUAAAAGCUAGAUAUUAUGUUACAAGAAGAUUAUUUAUUGCAGAUAUGACAAGAAUUUUUACUAAUUGUCGUUUAUAUAACACUCCUGAUACUGAAUAUUAUCGAUGUGCUAAUGCUUUAGAAAAAUAUUUCCAAACAAGAAUGAAAGAAAUUGGAUAUCUUUAGGAUAAAUAAAAAAUUCCAAAAGAAACGAUUAAAAAUAGAAUAUACAACUAAUUCAAAUUAGAUACUUAAUUUCACGGCCUAAUUAUGAGGAUUAGUCGAACAGUUAAUUAAGGAAUGUAAUACACCGAUUAUAACGAGAUUCUGCAUAGCGAUUAUUCUAUGGAACAGUGAAUCUCUAAAAUGCGUUAAUUCUGGAAGACUUAGUAAACUGAAAUUUCCAUUUUCUAUAAAUAUAAUUAACUAAAAUAAAAUAAAAUUAAAAUAAAAAUAAA